GGCGCUUUCUCGCCGGCGGCAGCUACUCCUUAGCUCGAUCCGCUCUCGCUCUCACAGGGACCGCCAGCUCUAAAUUAGAUAUAUUUUUAAAAAUAGUAACUUUAACGUAACAUUUCCUUGUCUUUGGGCGAACUCUGAAUUCCGUGCCGUGUCUGUGCAUAAGUUUAUUGCGCUUGUUUUGGGAAAAUUGCGUUGCCUUGUCUUUUCUUUAAACGGAAAUCCUAAAUUGUAUUAAUAUUUGUUUUGCUGAAUUCUCUGGUUUGCAUUGCAUCCUCUUUGCGGAAUUAUCCGGUUUGGUUUUUUUUGCCCUUUUUUGCGGAUUUCAAUAGUUGGCAUUACGCCUCUUUAACGAAAUCUCCAGUUUGCCUUGUUAGCCUUUAUGACCAUUACCUGAUUUUGCAUAGCCCCAUUAUUUUUUUUUGCGUAGAAAUCUCGGAUUGACCAUUUUUUUGUGGAUUUUUUUCCGAUUUGUUUUGCCUCCUAUUGUUGCGGGGUUCUCUGAUUUGCAUCGAGCCCGCUUUUUUCGUGCCCCCACGCGGUGGUUCGAUGCUUCCUAUCCGGUCGCUGGCCAGUGCGAUGCUGGUGCUGAAUGUGAUUGUGAGCGGGAUUCUGGGCAGCGGCUCCGCAAAUCGGGUGCUGAGCGGUCAGACGGUUUGUUAUGGGGGCGCGGAGCACCCCUGCUACAAGAUUGCCUACUUCCAAGACCUGAGCAGGCGCAUUGGCUUCAAGGAGGCGAGCCAGGCAUGUGAGAUGGACCGGGGAGCACUGCUCAGCAUCAGGUCUCCCGACGAGCAGAAGCUGAUUGAGAACCUCCUGCAAGACCUCACCAAGUCCGGCUCUGCCCUCUCGGAUGGAGAUUUCUGGAUUGGCCUGAGACGCAAUGGGGAGGGACAGACUCACAACACCUUCAGUGCAUGUCCUGACCUUUACGAGUGGACAGAUGGCAGUCCUGAAAAGUACAGGAACUGGUAUGCAGAUGAGCCGUCAUGUGGCAGUGAAGCAUGCGUGGUGAUGUACCACCAGCUGACUGCUCAGCCCGGCCUGGGUGGACCAUACCUCUACCAGUGGAAUGAUGACAGGUGUAACAUGAAGCACAACUUCAUCUGCAAGUAUGCAGCAGGAAGCACCCUAACGAAUGAAUUACUGGACCGCUCUGGGUUAGAUUACGUUUCAGAAAACGCCUCCACGGAGCCAGAAGUCAAAGUUCGUGCUCCCAGCAAUUCAGCUGAUGGCCAGAAAGUGAUUGUGACAGAGUCAUCAGGGAUAAUGCCCAAUGUGGUUUACGUCAUCAUUCCCACAAUCCCCCUGCUGCUGUUGCUGAUCGUUGCCAUGGCAACUUGCUGCAUCCAGAUGCUGAGCAGAAGUAAAGACCGAUCAAAGACGAGCCCCAAUGAGUCAACGCUCUGGAUAUCUCCAGCUCCGAAGAAGGAUGAUCAGGCUGAUGUUUAGAAUCACACAGGCUGGACUCAGCCAUUGGAUGGAGGCAAGGAGUGACCAUCGUACCAUUCAGCCAAUCCCAAUCCAUCCGACAAGCUCCCAGAGAACAUCAAGCCAAGCUUGUCCUGGGGAGUAAGGAACAAUCACCCAGCCCUCCAAAGAAACUGGACAGAACCAUCUCCUUCCUUCCUACUGAUGUUCCUUUUUGUUUCAAAUUUAGGAAUACAUUGAGGAAACGAUGGAAGAGAUAUAGUCAUUGACCCACACCACUGGGAGUGGGCGGGGAGCAACGAAAACUCGCAGAUUUUAUAUACAUAUUGCACUGACUAAGGAAAGACCUAAGUUCAGGACUGAUAGUUUUGGCAGAGCACACACCCUGAGAAGUUUGUAUGAAGGGCGGUUGUGGGGAUGGGGGAAGAAAUGUAUUCUAAAGGCAUGGCUAUGGAUGGCUUUCGGAAGAGCAUGUAUGUGCACCUUGGGAGUAUUUCCAUAUCCAGCGCCCGGUGACCAUGUUGUUAAUGACCUUCACCACAAGAAACAACAGUGACCUGUAGAAAGAUAUGAGCAGAGGUCUGAAUGCCUACUCUAUGAGGAAAAACUGUCCUCACAGGAUGUGUUAGAACAGGCCAUUCUACCCUUAAAACCUGAUCCACCAUUCAAUGAGAUUACGGUUCAUGCUACUUAAUAUACCCAGCUUCACUCAAAUAUUUUAAUUAAUGAGAUUUAUAAAUCUGAGAUUUAAUAGUAAUAAUAAUUGUGAUCUGGGGAAGACACUUUCAAACCUCCAGCAUCUUGGGUGUGCACAAGUGUUUCCAAGCCCCACUUCAGAAAAGAUUAUCUGAAAUUUGUAGACUCGGCCUUUUAGGGGCAGCAGGUUCCAUAGUGGUUAGCACAGCGCUUUACAGUACCACCAGCCUGGGUACAAUUCCCAUCGCUGCCUCUAAGGAGUUCUUAUGUUCUCUCCAUGGCAGUUGGCUUUCCUCACAGAGCUCCGGUUUUCAACCAAAUUGAAAACUUUAAUUCUAUUAUCCUCAAAAUUUAUAAAUUUUAAUUUGAUAAAAUUGUUUUAUUAUUGUCACAUGUACUGAGGUACAUUAAAACACUUGGCUUGACAAACUGUUCAUACAAAUCAAUUCAUUAAGAGUGCAUUGAAGAAAUGCAAGCAAGAACAGUAACAGAUUGCAGACUGAAGUGUUACAGAACGUGCAGUGCAUGUAGAUAAUAAGGUGCAAGGCCAUAACAAGGUAGACAGUGAGGUCAAGAGUCCACCUUUUUGUACUAGGGCAGGGGUCCCCAACCUUUUUUGCACCGAGGACCGGUUUAAUACUAACAAUAUUCUUGUGGACCGGCUGACUUGGUGGGGGGAGCUGUGUUCAAGUGGGGUUAAACUCACCUCAACAUGUCUCUUACAGUUAGGGUUGCCGACUUUCUCACUCCCAAAUAAGGGACAAAAGUAGCAGUCAAAUCCCGGGACACUUUACCCCCAGGAGACACUACCAUGACCAUGAAGCCUUGCACGGGCACCUGUGUACGCAUGCGUGACGUGUGCGUGUGAUGGGCGCAUGCGCGUACGUACCGUUUUUUUUCACCCACAAAUUGCUUUUGCCUUCGUCUUUCUGACUAUACUGUACAUACAUUAUUUCUACUUUAUAUAGGCUGUGUAUUUAUCAUAUCAUUCCUGCUUUAACUAUAUGUUAGUGUUAUUUUUGGUUUUAUGUGUUAUUUGGUAUGAUUUGUUAGGUUAAUUUUUGGGUCUGGGAAAACUCAAAAAUGUUUCCCAUAUAAAUUAAUGGUAAUUCCUUCUUCACUUCACGCCAUUUCAGCACGAAAGGUUUCAUAGGAACGUUCUACCUUAGCGGGGGAAAUACAGGACAAACCAAUCUAGCCCAAUAUACGGGAUGUCCCGGCAAAUACGGGACAGUUGGCAACCCUGCGUUCAAGUUCAACAGUGCGUGACAGGGAAUGAGGAAAAGGUGCAGCUGACUCAUAUCGUUUCCUCACAGCCCGGUACCGGUCCGCAGUCCGGUGGUUGGGGACCGCUGUACUAGGGGACUGUUCAAUAGUCUUAUAACAAUGGGAUAGAAGCCAUCCUUCAGCCGGGUGGUACAUGCUUUCAGGGUUUUGUAUCUUGCCUGAUGUGAGGAUGAAGAAGAGAGAAUGACUGGGGUGGAUGGGGUUUUUGAUUAUGCUGGUUGCUUUACCAAAGCACGGGCAUCUACAGUCAAAGAGUACUACAGCACAGAAACAAGCCCUUCAGCCCAUCUAGUCUGUGCCAAACUGUUAUUCUGCCUAGUCCCAUUGACUUACACCUGGAUCACAGUCUUCCAUACACCUUCCAUCCACGUACUUAUCCAAACUUCUCUUAAAUGUUGAGAUUGAACCCAUAUUCACCACUGGCUGCUCGUUGCAGAUUGUACCACACCUCCUAAGGGAUGCAAUACCUCAAUUUUCCCAGACCUGAUGAAGGGUGUUGGUUUGAAAUGUUGACUGUUUAUUUAUUUCCAUAGAUGCUGACUGGCCUGCUGAGUUCCUCCUGCAUUUUGUGUGUGUUGCUCUGGAUUUCCACAAUCAACAGAA